GUAUCCACGUACUGAGAGAACUGGUACUUGCAUCCUAUGAGCAGAUGCCUUCAGGGAGGACAUCAGAUCAGUUUGGCUGCCAUACCGCUAGGAUUCCUUUGUUUCCCGAUUUCUAUACGUCAGAAAGUUUUUCUUCCCUCAGAAAGGACUAAAGAUUCAGCACUUUAGUAUUCUUAGUGGUGGUAAUUAAUUAGCUUGAUCCCGUGUGCACGCGAGUAAAGGUGGGUGGGAUAAAGCCGUCAGAGCGCGGCAUCAUGUUCUGCAAAUGCAGAGCAGUUAGUCUCCUUGUCAGUUAGGGUCGACACUUGUACUCUCGUGCCUCACUUGGAAUCUGAGCUCGAGGUGUAGAGAGCGAGAGAGAAGUAACGAGAGACGGCCGGCGCGAGGACGUAGGGGAAUCCUCAUAGCUGUGCAACCCUCCUCUCCUCCAGUCUGCAUAAGAUCUGCCGCUUCUGUGGAACCCAAACAGGCAGCUCAUUCAGGGCAACUUACUGCUUUCUCUGUUCAGUCCUUUACGCCACCUAGUGCAGCCCAAAUGCUGGGAUCGCAUCUUUCGCUUCCACAGCAAGGUAGUUAUGCAGCUGGAAAGGAUGUGAAAUGACCUGCUAAGGAAGGUCUGUACCGCAAGAACUUGAACCGAACCUUGACAAUGCACGGGAUUUACCGCCUUGGCUUUCUUCUUUUCGUACAUCUUUUGCAUGGAACACAAACCCAAGUCGGACACGGUACUUGUUCUUUUGAUGAACUCUAUAGCAACUGUGGCUAUAGCGUGGCUCUUGGAACUAAUGGCUUUUCAUGGGAACAAGCCAAUACAUGGGAAAAGCCUUCUAUUGAUCCUGCCCUGCCAACAGGGUCCUUUAUGAUGGUAAACAGUUCUGGACGGGCAUCUGGACAAAAGGCUCAUUUACUCCUGCCUGUUCUGAAGGAGAAUGAUACCCAUUGCAUCGAUUUCCAUUACUAUCUGUCCAGCAAAUAUGGUUCAAGCCCAGGAUCUUUGAAUGUCUAUAUCAAAGUUAACGGUGGACCCCAGGGCAAUCCCGUAUGGAAUGUGUCAGGAAUUGUUACUGAAGGAUGGGCCAAGGCAGAACUUGCUAUCAGCACUUUUUGGCCUAAUUAUUACCAGGUUAUUUUUGAAGCAGUUUCCUUAAGAGGGCAUCCGGGUUAUAUUGCUAUAGAUGAAGUCAGAGUGCUGGCACAUCCAUGCAGAAAAGCACCACAUUUCUUGCGGCUACAAAAUGUGGAAGUAAAUGUGAAUCAGAAUGCAAGUUUCCAGUGUACCGCGGGAGGAAAGUGGUCCCAGCAUGAUAAGCUUUGGUUGGGUAUAUACACAACCUCAGCUAGCCUCCAAAGGUCUUCACCACUAAAACCAAGUAAAUAUCGUAGAGAACACCAGUAUGAAGACCACCACGAUAAUGCAGCAAAAACAACUUCUUUAUUUAGGUACAAACAUAAGAUGCGCUUUCCGCGUCUGGCACGCUUCUUCAGAUCUAUAUAUCAUAUAGAUCUGAAGAAGCGCACAGUCAUCGUGAAAGCUUCAUCUUUGUUUGUGGAGGAGUGUUUGGCAAAUCAUUACAUUCUCUGUCAGUUUCUGCGCUACUCACGCUACCUUCAGUUGCAUAAUAACUUGUAUCCAUUUCCAGUGAACUCCCAAGUAGAUCAGCUAACAAUAUCCGAUUGUGUGACUACUAUGCAAAAACGUUGCUUCAGACUAGAGCAUCAGUUUUUAGUAAGGGUGAAGCAUCCAUUCGACAAAAGGGAAGUUGUGGAAAGUCCCACACUUCACGCAAACUCUUCACUGCUGUGGCAUUCUAGAACCACAAAACCAGGAAAAGUAGAAGACCAAACAACAACCAAGACACUUGCGGAAGAAGCUGGUGUGGGGAUUAAUAAAUUGAUGGACAAUGUUUCUUUAUUUGAGCGACGGUUACUGGACAUAAAAAAGACCAAAAUUGAACGAGAUAUAAAUGAUUUUAGAUUGGGCCAAGUUUUCUCUUGGCCGAGAACAGGGAAUAAUUUGAAUGAUGAAAGAAAGAAUGUGACUGUUAAUUUAAAAGACACUGUAAAGGACAAGGUGACUGGGGGACUGGUUAUACCUAAUGUCAACAGUACAACAGUACCUGAUGUGUCUGUGCAUAAUAUUAACACUAAUGUUUGUGAAGAUGUUAACAAUUGCAAUUUAUAUCCGGUUAUUGUUAAUAGUAAUAUCAAACAGACUAGUUUAGCUAGUGGUUCAGUUCCUGUUAUGCAAGACAGUAAUGCAACACAGGAGCAUGUUGGUAAUGAGGUUAUUGAAUUGUUCAUACGAAAUGUCCAGCUUAAGUUAGACUAUGGCUGUAACGAUGUAGGUGCAGCAUCACAGGUUUUUAAACCUACUAGCACAUACGUUCCCUUAUUACAUCCUGUGUUAGAAACUUUUUCUAGGUUGAUUGAAAAUGACUUGUAUAAGUAUUAUAAUGAUAGGAACAAAGCCGGUAAGAAGUUUUAUAAUAGGAACAACUUAAACUUGGCACAUAAACGAGCAUUAGAUAACUUAAAGAAUGACAAUUCCAUCAUUAUUACUUCUGUGGAUAAAGGUGGGUCCAUUGUGAUAAUGGAUAGUGAACACUAUAAGGAGAAUGUAAAUCAGUUAUUAUGCGACACCAAGGCCUAUAGUAAAUUGCGAAAAGAAGAUGUUGUGAUGAAAGUUUUUAGGGUACAUGCUAUGAUUGAUGAUUUAUUAAAAAGCAAUGUGAUUGAUAAGAACGCAUCUUGUUAUUUGAGAGUGGAGAACCCUUUGAUACCAGUGCUAAAGGGCCUCCCAAAAGUACAUAAAGAACUGCACGACCCCCCGAUGAGACCCAUAGUCUCGGGGCAAGGUUGGCUGACGGAACCUUUUUUCCUGUUCGUUGAAUACUACUUAAGACCUGUGGUAGAAGAUAAUCCCUGUAUUUUAAAGGACAGCAAGGAAUUUUUGCUGGAAUUUUAUGAAUAUAUCACUAAGUUGGAUGAGGCUGAUGAAUAUAUUUUUGUUACAUUUGAUGUUAAUAGCUUAUUCACAGCUAUACCUAAUGAUAGAGGAGUUGCAUGGGUUAUGAAUUACUUGAAGAAGUAUACAUCUUUGGAUAGUAGAUUGGUGGAUUUAAUGGCACUUUUCUUAGAAACCAACUUGGAAAAUAAUGUCUUUAUUUUUGAUAGGGACAUUUAUUUACAGAAUGAUGGAGUGGCUCUGGGCACCAGCUGUGCCAAUAGCUACGCCAACAUUGUAAUGGCAGAUUGGGAGAAUGAACAACUAUUUGUCUCUGAUUUAUUUACGAAGCAUGUCAGUUUCUAUAAGAGGUUCGUAGAUGACCUCUUUUUGGUCUGGAGAGGGAAUGAGAUUGAGUUGAAGGAGUUUGAAAGUUUUUUGAACAACUCUGUGGACUUUUUAAAGUUUAGCUCUAGUUCAUCCAGAGAUUUUGUUUCAUUUUUGGAUGUGAAUAUCAUGAGGUUGAGCAAUGGGAUUGUGAACACUUCUGUUCACAGGAAGAAUUGUUACAGGAACACACUCCUACACAGAGAUAGCAUGCAUCCCAUGCAUGUUUUUGCCAAUGUAGCCUUGGGCCAAUCCAUGAGAGCAUCCAGACUGAACCCUACCCUUCAGGGUUUUAGGGAUGAGUUGGAUGGACUUAGUCAGAGGCUGCAUAAUAGGUCAUAUGAUAGGAGUGAAAUUGAGAAAGCCAUUGAGACCGCUGUUAAAUUAAGGGACACCAUAGCCUGCCCGUAUUUUUCUAGCAGUUAUAAUUACAAGGAACAUGUGUCAAAUGAAAGGGGUUCCAGUAGUACCCCUAAGAAUUUAAGUAUACCCAUCUAUUAUACUACGGAUGUAAGUAAUGUUAGGAGAAUUAUUCAAGAACGAUGGGAUAUACUGGAGGCAGAUGAAGAGAUUGUGCAAUUAGUAGGGAACAGACCUAGAUUCAAAUAUAAGAAUAAAAAAGAACCUGAAGAGCCCCCUAAUAUAGAAAAGGAAUUCUUUUUCAUGACAGGUACUGAUUGCAGGAGUGUUAAUGUGGUAUAUUUGGACCAGUGUGAUGCAUGCACUGCGUUUGAUAUUGGAAAGAUGAACAGGGAAUUUAGAGUCCGGAUAAGGGAACAUUUAAAUCAUAUUAGAACCAAACAGGAACACAACGCCCUGGCCAGGCACUUUUGUUUUGAAUAUGCAUUCAGUGUUAAUGAGUGGUGCUUAAGUGAUGGAGAACCUCCCACCCCAAUUGCUCCUCCAGAGCUUCUUGCAGUUGGUGCAACUUACUUGUGGAUCAAACCAAAUGCCAAUUCUAUAAUUGGAGAUGGACCUAUUAUUCAAAAGGAGGUAGAGUACCGUACCACAACAGGAAACUGGGCUGAAACUCAUAGUGUAGACUCUCCGAACUACAAGCUGUGGCAUCUGGACCCAGAUGUGGAAUAUGAAAUUAGGGUGUUGCUUACUCGACCGGGAGAAGGUGGAACAGGACCUCCAGGUCCACCGCUUGUAACGAGAACUAAAUGUGCUGAUCCUGUUCAUGGACCACAGAAUGUGGAAGUUGUGGACAUUGGAUCCAGACAGUUGACUCUGCAGUGGGAACCAUUUGGCUAUGCUGUAACACGCUGCCAUAGCUAUAAUCUGACACUUCAGUAUCAAUAUGUAUUUAACCAGCAUGAGUAUGAAGCAGAGGAAGUCAUACAUACAUCAUCGCACUACACGCUUCGAGGCCUUCGACCAUUCAUAACCAUAAAAAUGAGACUUGCACUCUCUAAUCCCGAAGGAAGGAAGGAAAGUGAGGAGCUUGUGGUACGGACAGAAGAAGAUGUUCCUGGUCCGGUGCCUGUAGAAUCUAUCCAAGGAAGCGCUUUUGAAGAAAAGAUAUACUUGCAGUGGAAAACACCAAAUGAAACUAAUGGGAUUAUUACAAUUUAUGAGAUAAGUUAUAAGGGUGUUGGAUCACUUGACCCACAUUCAAAACUCUUCAAUCAAGGAGAUGGAGUGCUCAAAUUAAGAAAUGAAACACAUCAUUUGUUUGUUGGGCUGUAUCCUGGAACAACCUACUCAUUUACAAUCAAAGCUCACACAGCCAAAGGAUCUGGGCCACCAGUGACAACACGAGUAACAACCAAAAUCUCAGCUCCCGUGAUGGCAGAAUAUGAUGCAGAUGCGACUCUGAAUGAAACAGACACCACUAUUACCGUACUGCUGAAACCAGCUCAGUCGAGAGGUGCACCUGUCAGUUCAUACCAACUUGUUGUUAAAGAAGAACGUGUUCAGAAGUCCCGUAGAGCAGCUGAUCUUAUUGAGUGCUUUGUCGUUGCAGUUAGCUACAGAAAUGCUUCCAUUCUGGAGUCUUCUCAUUACUUUGCUGCCGAACUGAAGCCUGUUAACUUACCUGUAAUCCAACCAUUCACUGUAGGUGACAACAAGACUUACAAUGGAUACUGGAAUGCACCCCUAUCACCUCUAAAAAGCUAUGGUAUCUACUUUCAGGCUCUCAGUAAAGCAAAUGGGGAAACAAAAAUUAACUGUGUCAGGCUUGCCACAAAAGAGGUACUAGGUAGGCGACAAAUAACCACACCAUAUGUACUUGUUCUCCCUAGUUCAGGAGCUUCUACACAGAACUCUAACGCAGUGGAGCCUGAAAAACAGGUGGAUAACACAGUGAAAAUGGCUGGUGUGAUUGCAGGAAUUCUCAUGUUUGUCAUCAUUUUGUUAGGAGUCAUGCUUACUGUUAAAAGAAGAAGGAAUGCAUACUCCUACUCGUAUUACCUAAAACUGGCAAAGAAGCAAAAGGAGACACAGACCAGCACACAAAGGGAAAUGGGACCACUAGCUUCAGCAGACAAGAACUCAGCUAAGCACACUUCCAUUCAAAAAGAAGAUGGCUUCUCCACCAGUUCUCAGGAUGUGAAUGGGUUCAAUAGUAACCAUGGAGAAAUGAAGCCACCUACAAUGACGAUACAGACGCAUCCAUACAGAUCAUGUGAACCAAUAGAAAUGUCAUAUCAAAGUGGAGAGAUCCAACCUGCAAUACGUGUAGCUGAUUUGCUGCAACACAUCACUCAGAUGAAAUGUGGACAAGGAUAUGGCUUUAAAGAAGAAUAUGAGGCAUUACCUGAGGGACAGACAGCAUCCUGGGAUACAGCAAAGAAAGAUGAAAACCGCAGCAAGAACAGAUAUGGAAAUAUCAUUGCUUAUGAUCAUUCUCGAGUUCGAUUACAGCCGCAGGAAGGGGAUCCCCACUCAGACUACAUAAAUGCAAAUUAUAUUGAUGGUUAUCACAGACCUCGCCAUUAUAUCGCCACUCAAGGUCCAAUGCAAGAGACUGUAAAGGAUUUUUGGAGAAUGAUUUGGCAGGAAAAUUCAGCAAGUGUUGUGAUGGUAUCAAAUCUUGUGGAAGUUGGAAGGGUGAAAUGUGUCAGGUACUGGCCAGAUGAAACAGAGAUUUACGGAGACAUUAAAGUUACAUUAAUUGAAUCAGAGCCUCUCGCAGAAUAUGUCAUUCGCACAUUUACAGUUCAAAAGAAAAAUCAUCAUGAAAUAAGGGAAAUUAGACAAUUUCAUUUUACCAGCUGGCCAGACCAUGGUGUUCCUUGUUAUGCCACAGGACUACUUGGGUUCAUAAGACAGGUCAAGUUCCUAAACCCUCCUGAAGCAGGACCAAUAGUUGUACACUGUAGUGCUGGGGCUGGUAGGACUGGUUGCUUCAUUGCAGUGGACAUUAUGCUUGACAUGGCAGAAAAUGAAGGUGUGGUGGAUAUAUUCAAUUGUGUAAGAGAGCUUCGAUCACAGCGUGUCAACAUGGUGCAGACAGAGGAGCAGUAUGUUUUUGUACAUGAUGCCAUCUUGGAAGCUUGUCUCUGUGGCAACACAGCCAUUCCCGUUUGUGAGUUCAGAGCUAUAUACUAUAAUAUUAGCAGGGUGGAUCCACAAACCAAUUCAAGCCAAAUUAAAGACGAAUUUCAGACACUCAACAUUGUGACUCCUCGAGCAAGGCCUGAAGACUGCAGCAUUGGCCUUUUACCCAGAAAUCACGACAAGAAUCGAUGCAUGGAUGUUCUUCCUCUUGAUCGAUGUUUGCCCUUCCUUAUAUCUGUUGAUGGAGAAACUAGUAAUUAUGUCAAUGCUGCACUCAUGGAUAGUCAUAAGCAACCAGCUGCAUUUAUAGUUACCCAACAUCCUUUACCGAACACUGUGGCAGAUUUUUGGAGGCUUGUUUUUGACUAUAACUGUUCUUCUAUCAUCAUGUUAAAUGAAAUGGAUUCUGCACAGCUUUGUAUGCAGUAUUGGCCAGAGAAAAGUUCAGGUUGCUAUGGACCCAUCCAAGUAGAGUUCGUGUCAGCAGACAUUGAUGAAGAUAUUAUCAACAGAAUAUUUCGGAUCUGCAAUAUGGCAAGGCCACAAGAUGGGUACCGUAUUGUGCAGCAUUUCCAGUACAUCGGCUGGCCUGCAUACAGAGAUACACCGCCAUCCAAACGUUCCAUUCUGAAAUUAGUGAGGCAGCUCGAGAAAUGGCAGGAGCAGUACGACGGAGGGGAUGGAAGGACAGUUGUCCACUGCCUGAAUGGUGGUGGACGUAGUGGAACUUUCUGUGCUAUCUGCAGUACAUGUGAGAUGAUACAGCAGCAAAACAUUAUAGACAUUUUUCACACUGUAAAAACUCUACGGAAUAACAAGUCCAGUAUGGUUGAUACCUUGGACCAAUAUAAAUUCAUUUAUGAAGUCGCACUGGAGUACUUAAACUCUUUCUGAAUACUUGAGCUAAAAAAACUUUAAUCUCAAUGGCUGAUAUUUUUUCUGCCCUGUGAUGGGGGAAAAUAACAACAUACAAAUAUUCAUUUGAAGAAAAUGAGGAUGUUGUGGCAUUCUUAUUUUGAAAAAAAAAAUGCUUGGAGUUCAGCAGGCCAAAACUUGCAUUUGCUAUCAAAUUAAAGGCUUAACUUUGAAGACAGUAUUUCAUGACAGAUAAUACAAUUAAGGACAUUCAUGUACAUCUUGCAGUUAAAUUACUAAUCUUCAGCAGCAAAUAUCCAUGCAAUGUUGAAGCCUUGAAUUUAUGUGCAGAACUUAUACAAAGCCCCGACUGCUGACAUUGUUCAAGAAAUGAAAGUAUCUUCAUCACAGAUUUUGGAUGUUGGAUUUAGUUUAUCUGUUGCAAGAUUCCUACAUUUCUUUAUCUCUGGAAUAAGAUGCUUCUCUUGUUUUUGCCACAUCUGUCCUGACUAAUGUUGUGAUGUACAUCAAUCUUCUACUGCGGUAGAUAUGAAAUCUGGUUGGCAGUUCAGGAGCAGAUAUACACCUGAGAUGGUGCCUCUGUAUUUCAUAAAAGGAACAAAUCACUGUGAAACUCACAGUUCUGUAUAGAGAAUAUGUGUCGACUGAGGACUUUAUUGCCUCUUAUUUCAUCUAGUCUUUUCACGGUUUCUUUUUUAUCCAUGUUGUGGGGCCAGUUUAUACUGUUCUUUAAUAAUUUCAUUCAUUUUUUAAACAAGUUAUCUGUUAGUUACUUAAUAUAUGUUUUACUGCUACAUAUUUGGCAAUGAUUUAUCGAUUAUUUACCUUAACCUGCAACCAUUUCUUACAAUAAAAAGAAAAUAUGAGUGUGCUUGUACUGUUUGUUGUAAAUGGAAAAACUCUCAAAAUCACCAUUAUAGUAACUGUCAUACAACAAUUUUUGAACAUCCAGUAGGUUGUACGGAAAGCAGCACAGAAAUAUCUGGGCAGCCAUUUUCUUCAGAUACACUGCUGAUAGAAUUUUUGUUCUGUUUUCAGUGCACUGACCACUGCUGUGCUCUGCAACAGCUGUCCUAAACCAUAAAUGCCUCUAUAGACAACUGAAUUAGCUUACCUAUGCAUCUGUUUAACAGAAACGGGGUGAGAAUGGGUACAAAAUUUUAGUUUCUCACUCCUGGCUUAGAGUGGAUCAUCAGAAAAUGCACUGCUAAAAAAUUCUUAAAAGCUUGUUUACAUUAUAAGUCAAAUAAUAAGUGUGGUAAAAGGGUAAUGUGGAGAGAUGUGAUACAGAACCGGAGGUUUACCAAUACUGGAGCAGUAAAAUGAUGCAGCACUACAGUGAAUGUGUAUAAUAGAGGACCAUGAGCAUCUGUCACCGAUGUAUAAUAAACAUUUAGUGAGUAGAAUCACAUUUGUCCAUGAGCCCUAAGCAAAAUUCUCAUGCCAAAGAGAACAAGCCCCUUCUGACCUAACCCAACUAGCAUUCUAUUUACAUCAAUUUACUAGGCCUAGAAGCGGUUACCAGACAUCAAUGUCUGUCAUCAUAAAGGACAAACCAUUCUUGCAACUGCCUUUAGGCUGUUGAAUGAUAUUCACUAAGUCUUGUGAUUUGUAGCCAGCCAUAUUUUCUUACAAGAUUUUUUUUGAUUUUCUGCCAAAAGAUCUGCAGGUACCACAUGCUAGCUUACCAUUUUGUUUUAACAUUAUCUAUUUUUUAAUUUGAGGUAGUGCAGGAUCUCCAAAAAGAUAAGUUUUUUCCAGCCAUAUGUUAUUAGCCAAUGUUUUUCCAUUUCUAUCUAAAGAUCUUUAGCCAUCACAUACGAAUCUACCAUUUUGCUUUUAACAUUAUUUGUUUGUUCAUAUGAGGCAGUGAGGAUUAUAUAGAAAAAAAUAUUUGCAUUCAUCUGUUCAUCUGAUGGGAGUGGGGGUGCACAAAAAGUUUCUGAAUAAGACAAGUGUUCUAGAGCAAUGAAAUUCUCUGAUAGUCUGAUUUAACCCUCUGCUUCUAUAUCCCUUAUUUCCAAACCCAAUUGACUUGAAGAUAUUUCACUUAAGUAAUAAUAUCUUAACUUUAUUUGCCAAGUAUGAAACAGUAUGUUUAAAUGAAACCAAGAAAAGAAAUGAAAUAAUUUAAGUCAUGAUGUUUAUCCAAAGUUGAAAGUUUGUGGGAUAAAUAGUUGUGCAACAUGGGUACAGUUAAGUUUUAGAUCCAGUAUUACAGACUUGAGAUUAUUGCAGAGUUUACAAUUAUAAAGCUGUUCUGCACAGGGAUAACAACUUCUUUCUUAAUAAAUAAAAUGUCAUUCUGUCAGUAUAUAUUCAGGAACACAAAUCCCAUCUUUCUAUCCAUCUGUCUUUAGAGAGAGACAGAGAGAGACAGAAUAAAUGUCACUUUGUCUGUCUGCACUUAUGGAUAUAAAAUUUUGGGUGCAUGUCAAUUAGUCCAGAGACAGUUUGGUUGAUUAUGUCAGCAAAUUUUUUUGCCCGAAGCACUUUCAUUAAUAAUUGAGAAUUUCCUUUUCACCACAGUUGUGCAAAAUCAGUGUAGGUAUAUUUAAUUUGGGGGGGGGGGGGGGCUGCAAAAAAUAUUUACUCUGAGUUUCACCAAAACUGCUUUUGUUGAAACAUUUCCAAAACUUUGCUUUUGGGGGAAGCUGUGUCAAUUUAACAACAGUUCAGAAGUUUUUGCUUCAUUUCAUGAGAUGCAUUUACAUCAGUGAUGAGGUGUGUUGGUGAAGUACAAAUCUUUGCAGUGCAGUAGUAUAAGUGAAAGCUAUGUUGUGUUAUUUCACUUCUCGGGGAUGGUGCAACAUGUGUUUUUGCUGAGAUUUAUAGACAGCAGAGCAAGGAAAUUGUUCUUUUCCCCCUCACUGGUGUCAGAAUUGGUAUACUUUAAGUGACAUUGGUAUGCGGAGGGCUUGAUUCCUUCAAAAGCACCAUUUCUGUUGACUCUAUUAAGUUUGAUAGCUUGGUGAAUGCCUGUGACUUUGAUAGCUUUCAUUCUGAUGUAUUGAAUUAUCUAAGUAGUGCAGCUGAAUAAUUCAAGAUAUAUGUAUAUUUAUAUAUUUAUAUCAUACAGAUAGCUAGACAGAUAUUGAUAAGUGUGUGUGUGUGUGUGUGUGUGUGUGUGUGUGUGCAUGUUUGUGUAUGUUCAUGCAUGUCUGUAUACGAGCAUAUAAUUAUGAGAGUACAAAGGCAUUGAAAUUAAAAUCAUUGAUGCCUGCAUUCCAAAAUUCAACAUCUCAAACAACUUAUAUCCAAACAAAAAAUCACCACAAAAGGAAACAGUUUCCUUUUACGAUCAGAACAUCAAAACACCAGAACACAAUUAGCUCAAACUUGUCUUUACCACCUGUACCACCUUGUUAAUACCUGUUAACCCUAACCCUGUCCCUGCCCCCAACCCUAAACCUGCAACUUACUAUUAAAAAAAAAAACUUCCAGUAAUAGCGAAACUAAUCUACACAACUCAAACACACACACACACACACACAAACACACACUAACAGUAUGUCUUCACUUAACCUUACCCUAACUCGUAACUCUCCUACACUUGCACAAAUAUUGCUACCCCAUAAUGCUGAAACCGUCAGGAUAUAUAAAGGCAUCAAUCUCAAAAAUGCACACUUACCUUACUGGCAAGCAUUCAAUGCUCCAUUCAUAGGAAAUUUAAAAAAAAAUCACAGUAAUGCAUGCCAUUUAUCAAUAAAUAGAUUGAUGGAAUGAAUGACACCUGUGUUUGUUGUUUGUGUGUGUGUGUGUGUGUGUGUGUGUGUGUGUGUGUGUGUGUGUAGGGAUGUUCUUUGAAAUAGCAAAGUACAAAUACAUCAGAUGAAAAAAACAUCACCCGAAAAGGAUCAAAACACCAAAUAAAAACAGGCAAGCCCACCCUGCGCUCCCCAUCCCAUGCUAAUUAUAUAUAUAGUCUGAAAACACUCUACUAAGAAGAAAGGGCAAAUUCCCCUACUCCCACUUUAGGUGUUCUUGCAUAUACAUAAUGCUACCAGAAGCAAUCAAAUAAGUUUUGAUGAUUUCUUCUGCAUGGAAAAAUAAGCAUUUGAUAUUAUGAAUGGUCACUUAUAUGGAGUGUUUCUUCAUAUAUAGAUUAAGAUAUAGCUGCACCAUGUAGUAUGAGUAAAAUAUAUCAUUCACAUACAAUAUCCCACAUUAAAUAUACUUAAAUAUUGAUAUCCAACAGCAAAUACACAAAGGUGCUUUGAUAUAGUAUUGUCUUUAUUAUUAGUAGAAAUCCCUACUCCCAUGAAGAGGUUAAGUCUGUACCCUAAUACUUAAUUUUUCUCUUGCUGAGGUUGUAAGGCCUAGAAUACUAGAUGAACAUCUGUAUUCAAGUGAACCUGAGGAUUGUACCAAUGUCCAAGCUGUGAGGUUUUGGAGUGACAAUAAUUUAGUAAUGGCAUGUGGAAGAGAAGAACUCUAUAAUUAGAUCAAGGGUGGUUGGUUACCUUGCACAUGUACUAUUAUACAUGUGAUAUUCCUCAGCACUGCAUUCCAAGCUCAGUUUUGGAAUUUUUCACUCAUUCAUUGUGGAGAUAUUUUCAGAUUAAGUCUUUUAUUCUCCUGUCAUGUGCAUCUACGUGAAUUCUGGAACUGUUAGGGAUAGGAUAUAAAUGUACAUUUUCACACUGCUGGCAUAAAGUCUUAUUUUCGUGAUCUAGGCCCCAUUACUAUGCACUUAAUUCAACAUAUGCAUCCUUCAAGGAGUGAGAUGGGAUCCUUUCAUAAAUAAGCAAGUAAAUAAUUAAAUUAAAUUAAUUUGUAAGUUGGUAAUGUGAUUUACUAUCCAUUUCCUAUGGUUGCAACUAUUGGGAUGUAAAAAUAAAAAAGAGAAAGAAACGUUUGAUGAUGAUAGCAAAAAAGUAAUGCAGAAUGUUACAAAAAUAUGCUUUUUUUUCAUAUUAACCUAUGCCACUUGCUGAGGUUUAUCAACAGCUGAAUAAAUGGUAUCACAGGAUAACUGCAUGAUUCCAGGCAAAUUGGGAUGGUGACAGAUGUUAUACCAAAAAAAAAAAAAAAAAAAACAGCAGGCUGUGCAAUGAAACUCUUCCAAUCAUGGCUUUACCAUCAGACAUGUCUAAUCCAUGAAAGUUUAGCUCCCUCUCAGAAACAUAUGCUGUAGGACAGGAAUUCCACAAUGCAUUUCAGUCUUAGAUUUGGGGGGUUUUGACACUAAUUGAAAUAUUGAAUAGCAAAUACCUAGAAAGGAACUGUUAAUUUGUAGAUAAUGUUUGUUUUGUCUUAGAAAUUCAGACCAUUUCCAAUCUUUUGCCUCAAAUUUCUGUUACAAAAUAUCAGCUGAUCUACUUGUUUAGAGCAAGCAAACCCUAACACAAUAAUCAAGUUUCUGUGGCAUGACAAAAAUACUAGUGCACACCAUAUGUACAUUUUUUGUCACAGUGAAUGCUAUUAUCUUUUCAACAACCUUUUAAAAACUUAAAGGUUAAAUGGAAUAAAUCUGUCAUUGACAAUGGAGCAAUUAAAAUAAAUAUAUAAAUAACUUUUCAUUUGUACCAAUUUUCAUUUUCUAUAUCUUACCUUAUUAUUAUUAUUUUAUUUAUUUUAUUUGCAUUUGGUUACAGGGAAGGUCCAACUAGGUCAUGCAAGGCUCCUUUUUGUUGGAGGGUUGGAGAAAAACAUAUGUCUUGUUUUGCUAAUGGUAUUUUUUCCUAAACAUUAAUAACCUAUACUUUCAUCUUUAAGAGGUAAUACAUUCUGAAUAUUGUUCCAAAGACAUAUAUUUUUAUUAAUUAAACAUGUCUAAGUCACAUGUCACAAAUCUAAUUGAUUUAUUUGAAAACUGAUAGUAAGGAAAAAGCAGAUUUAUAUUGUCAUGUAAAUGGAAUUAAGGGGUAAAAAUACUCACUGAUCUAGUCAUAUAAUAUGUUCAAAAUUCUGUAACUGAGACUGCAGGAGCAAAGACUUACUAAAUAUCUCUUUAUGUAGUAAAGUCCAAAAGAAACUAUUGUAUGUCGAGAUAAAAGAGUUUAUAUUUUGUAUCCAAUUAAAUUUUCCUUAAAUGAUUUUUUUCUAAAAUUUGCUGUAUAAAAAUUUCCUAUUGUAUGAAGAAUUCUGAUUGCAUUUUGUUUAUUGAUAUGUAUAUUUUUGUUUGUUUUUUCAUUGUAAUGUGCUCUGAGCCCCAACAUAGAAAGGAUGCAUAAAUAAAAAAAUUGCCUUGCCUUAUAUGGCCAUUAUAUCAUUGUAUGUAGAGAUAUGUCAGAUUGCAAAUAAUUGAUUAAAUAAUUUGUCGAUUCUUUUC